AAACAUUUCGUUACAUUCUUAUUAUUACAUUUCUCGUUUAUGCUUAUCGUGCGUCAUAAGUAAUUUUCAUUCAGACGAUAACCUUAGACAGCCACGGCCAGAUGAAAUUUAAUAUGAAAACAAGAAUGCAUGUUGGUUAUGUCAAGAAUCUGUGUGCACUUAACAUGGUUGUCCUUGCUGUGGAUAGCUGAGACACGCCAGCGCUGCUGCACAAGCAGAAGACCUCACCCUAAUGUUGAAAAAUUAGCGCUGCUGCACAACCAGAUGAAUUAUUCCUCUCAGCAACAGAAAACCUGCAUUUUAUUUCCUUGGACAAUACUUCUUCAUGAUCAUAUAUCGAGAUCCGAAAUCAAACGAAGCACCCGUGCACUGCACUGUGUUAUCAAUAACCAAGACAUGCCAGCCAUAUAUGCUAGCUCUCCUAUGGAGGUUACCAGAUGAGAUUCUUGCUGUCGGCUGCUCUUUUCAUCGUACAUUGCUGUUGCCUCUCUGAUAUAUAUACAGGGAGAAGCCCAAGGCUUCAGCACCAACACACUGCCUACCAUUCUCUUCCAUUUCUAUACAGAAGAAAACAGCAACAAAGCUUCAAUCUCCAAGCAUGGCUUACCAUCUACGAUCGGCAAGCACGCCUUCGAGCCCUCGCUCAAACAGAGCGGAAGUCGAGGAGCAGUUCCAGAGCCUGAGCACAACCAUCUCUUCGCCCUCGGCGACCAUCGAUACGAUGUGUGAUGGCUUGAGGAGGCUCGGUGACAUCUACAGCUGCAUCGAGAAGAUGAUGUGCACACCAAGCAGCCAAGUCAGCCUUUGCCAGACCCUUCAAAGGGCGGCAGUGGAGGUGGAGCUUGGACGGUCCCUCGUCGUGCUCGACCUCUGCAACGGCAUGCGUGAGAGCUUCAUGGUAUUGAAGAUGACUGUCCAAGAGCUACUGUUGGCUCUUAGGAGAGGAGACGAUGUGUCUUCUCAGGUCAAGGCAUAUGUCAGGCAGGCAAACAAGGUCCAAAAACAGUUCAAGAAGAUCAGCAAGAAAACUGCUUCCAACAAGGACGACUGUAGGGUGGUGAUGCUAGUGGUAGAAGCGAGAGAGAUCACCAUUUCGCUGCUCGAAUCCACAUCCUCAAUCUUGUCGAAGCAAGUUGAGAUGCCCAAGUGGUCUCUUGCCUCCAAAACAUUCCAGAGGAGCAAAGUUGUGUGCCAAGAGGAGCAACUGCAGGCAUUGGAGCACAGUAUUGGAGAUCUUGAGAGCGGAGUGGAACUUCUCUACAGGAGAUUGAUCCAAAACAGAGUUUCUCUUCUGAAUGUUCUUAGCUCGUACAUACCCUGAGCUCUAGUUCCCUGCGGUUGGCAUCCACCUUUUAAAGGAUUAGUCAGUCAUGAGAACAAUUUUGCAUUGUGUAUACUUUUGGAUAUGUAUAGGAAGUUCACUGAACCGAAAAGCAAAGUCAAUUUCAUUUCCCUGAAUUUUUUUCAUUUCUGAUAAACUCAAAUAUCAUUCACAUGGUUAGGUAGCUUGAUACAACUAUUUCAGUACAAUGUGUGUCAGAUAGAAAUGAUAUUUAUCAUGGUAGACCCCACCUUCAUUAAUACUUUUGAGUAUAAGAUUACGGGUAGAGGCAACACCCAACACAUAAACAAAUAUCUGGCACGGCAAGCUAAAUGACCUGAUAAACCUCAAUUUUUUUGCGGGCAAUUGUUUUGGUAGGUUGUGAUUGCUUCCAACAAACAAACACGAAAAAUAUUGCUUCCCACUAAUUACAUAUUUGCUUCCGAUUUGUUUUUAGCGGGACAGAUUUGCUUCCGAUAAAUAAACAAAUAAAUAAAUUUAGUUGCUUCUGGAUGAUUUUUCUUUGCAACGCAAACGUGCCAUGGAAACAUUUUUUUAUGGAAGCGCAUGCAAUGGAAAUAUAUUAUUCAGAAAAAUCUGCUUCGAAAAUAAAGGUACUUCAAAAAUUCGUUCCAGAUGUAUAUAUUCUCAACUAA